AAUUUUCACUUUCAAGUUUCACCUCAAGACAUUUGCAAUUUUCAAGCACAAAAAUUCUCUCUCUCUCUCUCUCUCUCUCUCUCCACACACAGUCACACACACAGUAUAUAUACAUAUCUCCUCAUAUCCUGGUUGUCCCCUCCCCGGAAUAUAAAUUCAGCACCUGCUUAACUGCGUUCCUGUUUUCCUCUCUCUAAAUUAUCUCACUCUCUAUCUCUCUCUGGAAAAUAAACUCAAGACAAUUACAAGAAAAACAUAGAUACAACCAUGGCGAGUGGUUCUGGCGAGGAAAGAACAAGUGAGGGAGUUGAAGAAUUGACCCACAAGACCAAACUCAUUCAAUUCUUUGGGAGGUCUACGCCAAUCAUUCUUCAAAAUGAUAAUGGCCCCUGUCCUCUUCUUGCUAUUUGUAAUGUUCUUUUGUUGAAGAAUAAUUUGAAUCUGAGUCCGGACAUCCCCGAAGUCUCUCAAGAGAGAUUGCUUUCACUUGUUGCCGAGCGGUUGAUAGAUUCAAAUAGUAAUCUUGAUAACAAGGAAGCCGGUUAUGUCGAGAAUCAACAACAGAACAUAGCUGAUGCAAUUGAUUUGCUCCCUCGUCUGACAACCGGGAUUGAUGUCAAUAUAAAAUUUAAGGGUAUUACUGAAUUUGAAUUUACAAGGGAGUGUGCAAUAUUUGAUUUGUUGGAUAUACCGCUCUAUCAUGGUUGGAUAGUUGAUCCUCAGGAUAGUGACACUUACAAUGCAAUUGGAUCCAAGUCGUACAACACUAUAAUGGGGGAUCUUGUUGGCCUUGAAACAGGAACCACGGCAAGUGAAGACAAGAAAAAGCCUGAAGAAGAUUCUGUUGAUUUUGUUGCUGCAACGACUGCAACUUUAGGAGUGCCUUCUCCUGGUCUUUCAAGAAAUAUAUCUUUUGAUAAUCCUCCUGGUUCUGGUUCCCAGCAUAGCAAAGCUAGAAAAGGGGACCUCGAAGAAGAAGCCGAGCUGCUGAGAGCCAUGAAAAUAUCAGAGGCUGAUUUUCCCAAUUCAUCCAAAGAUGUAUCUUUAGACAAUUGUGAUGCUAGAAAAGGAGAUCUUCAAGAAGAAGCCGAGCUGCUGAGGGCCAUGAAAUUGUCUGAGGCUCCUUUUACAGAUUCAUCUAAAGAUGUAUGCUCAGACCAGAGUGAUGAGCAGAAUGUGUCCGCCUUCCCAAAAGAAAGUGUAAAUGUCAAAAAGUCUGAACCUUUGGUUCCUUCAGGCACAACAGAAGUGGUUGUUGGUGUUGAAACUCAGAAGACUUGGCAGCAAGAACCAUCAUCUAAUGUAAGCAAUGACUUGGCGGACAUCAAUAAUGAUCUUAUAACCUUUGAAACAAUUCCAGAGAAAGAUGACUGUUUGUCUACGGAAAAGGAUCAGAAGAUCUCAAAUAGUCAGUUAAGCUGCAAGGAAGCCGGGGAAUGUAAUGAAACGAAAGAUGUAGGUGAAAAAACGAGAAUUGAUUUUCUGGAUUUGCAAAAACCUGCAGUAUCUGAUUCUCUACAACCGGAUUUUCUAUCCACAGCUGCAAGUAGUAUCGUUGACUCUGAAGGUAAUAAAGACAUUCAUGACCAAUCAGUAUCAAAAACUAAUGUACCGAAAGAAGAUAACCAGAUUGCUCCUGAAGCAUUGAGUAUUGCCUUUUCUCCGGUAGUUAUUGAGUUGGAUGCAUCUGGUGAUAGCACGGGAAAUAGAGAUGUUUAUGAAGUUGUUACUCCCGCUGGCGAUAGCACUGAGCCCAUUUACGCAGGAGAAGAAUGCAUUUUAGAGCCAGGUACUACAUAUGAAGAUCAAGAACCUGUGUAUGAAGGUGAGGUAGUUAUUGCUAAACAAGUGGAUAAACACAGUACAAAUGCCAGUGAUGUGGCUAGUAAGAAUGAAAUCACUCCACAACAAGGAGAAUUGAUAAAAGAUUUCCUGAAGACAAAUGCUAGUCAAUUGACUGUAUAUGGCCUGGUCUGUUUGCAAGAGCAAUUAAAAGAACGUGAACUUUGCGUAUUUUUUCGUAAUAAUCACUUCAACACCAUGUUCAAGUUUGGUGGUCAGCUGUAUCUUUUGGCAACAGACCAAGGUUAUAUAAACCAGCCUGACCUGGUAUGGGAGAUGCUGAACGAGGUAAAUGGGAAUACAGUAUUCAUGACUGGGAGUUUUAAGGAAUUCAAGGCAGAAGAUGAUCAUGUGAAGGACACCUGGGAUGAACAAAAUGCCCGUGCCAGUACCGCAGAGUAUCUUGCCAGUAUUAAAGACCCAGCACAGGACAAUUCCAGUUUCAAUUCUGAUCUGCAAUUGGCAAUGGCUCUGCAAGAACAGGAAUUUGAGCAGCAGCCUCAACGUAAUACACAGCAGCAAAAUGUUUCUGGUGGUUCAGGGUUGGUUACAGGUCCUCAGGGCUCGAGGAGUGGCAACAACAACAGGUACUUGCCCCAACCUUCCAAGCCAGUUUCUAAACCGUCAAAGGAUAAGUGCGUGGUAAUGUGAAAACUGUGUUCAAGUAGAGGUCCGCCGUGUAAAUGAGUUGUGACUAUCUGUUGACAGAUUGCUUUCCAUCUUAAACUUUAGACUGUAAUUUUAGAACAUCCAGCUUUUCAGGUGUAAAUGAAGUAAAUAUUUGGCCCAUACAUGAGGCUUUUUUAUAAACACUAAUAAUUGUGAUCUUAAGAAGGUCCAUUGAAUCGUA